AAAAAAAAGUUAUGGCCCGUCGGAAAACACAACCUUUACGUCAGAAAACGUCGCUUGCUUCAUGAAAAAGUAAAUUGUGUGAGUGCGUGCUAUGGUUAGUGAAAAGCAUCCAGAAACAUUCAAGCAGUUUAUCGCCGUUUAGGAGCUGCACAACGGCUGGUUUUUUUAAUUCUGAAUUGUUCAGUGCAGGAAAACAACUAUGGUUGCCUCGAAAAAAUCAUUCAAAAUAGGCGAUUUGGUGUUCGCCAAAGUCAAGGGUUACCCGCCUUGGCCAGCGAAGAUCACCAAAAUUGAGAAGAGCAAAUACAACGUCUAUUUCUACGGAACGGGUGAAACGGCUAACAUAAAGCUGGAGGAUUUGUUCGCUUACCCAGAAACGAAGGAAAAAUAUGCAACUGAAAAGAUUAUGAAACGUAAGGGAUUCAAAGAAGCCAUUCUCCAGAUUGAGUCUGCCUUGAACGGAGAAGACCCCAGCCCUAUUACGCUUGGAUCCGGUCCUACUCCUUCAUCGACAAAUAAUGAUGGCAAGGCAGAAGAGGCUGUACAAUCUACAGAGGUUAGUUUUAAUGCAUCUCGAAUAUCUGCAAAUUCAACAGUUAUCGAUCAAAGCAUACAACCUGAGAAAGAAGAAACUCGUAAUGGAGAGGAAACUCGUAAUGAAUCGAACCUCACCACGAAACCAGCCAAGGACGAAAAUCAGAAACAACCCAGAAAAGCUCAGCCGGCAGUAGUUGACAACAAUAACAGUUCAUCCGCACCAACAAAUAACAAAAAGAGUUCCACGGAUGUAACCAGUGAGGAAAAACCGAUCAAAGAAUCAACUCAAACAUUGUCGGGCAGUCCUGUAAAAGAACAACCUGAAGUGACUAGCCGCAGUGGACGCAAAAUCAAACCAAAACGAUUUUUGGAUAACGAAGAAGAUGAUUCAACGGCUGCUCCCUCGCCAGCGAAGAAAAGGGCAAUAACACCGAAGGAAAAAACUGUUUCACCCGCAGUUCCACCGAAGAAGCCCAAUUAUUUCGAAAAAAUUGAAGGUGAACGGGUGUAUUUUCUUAGAUUGGAACGUGAAUUGGUGGAAUUGAACUUGGAUAUUAAAUCUUGCGUAGGAUUGGCCAAAGCUGACCCGGAGAAGUGUGUCGAGCUAAUGGAUCGAUACCAGAAAUUGAAAGUGACGCCCACAAUGUUGAAAAAGAACCCAAACUGUGUGGAGACUAUGAAACGUUUGCGAAAAUAUGUGGGUAACGCAAAAGCGUGGAAGAUGGUCGAUGAAGAGCGAAUUAAAUUCGAUUUCCAAGCACAACAAAUUCGUACUAAGGCCGAACAAAUCUAUAAUCAGUUCAAGACUAUGUUCCCGGUUCCCGACGGAACUGUGCCAUUUUGGGAAGCUUUUUGUGAAGACGUGAAUAAAUUUGAACAAGCCACUAAGCAUUUGAGUCAGGAGGAGUUAUUCCUACUCGUUGAUGAAGCAGAUAUCGACUCGUAUAGAGAAGAAAAUGGAAACAACACCGAGAACAAAUUCGAAGCAGAAGACCGAAAUAAAGCAGAUACCAUUACGGCGAAGAUGAGCAAUGACAAUAGCGUUGCGACGUAAAUCUUUGCGAGUCCUUAAAUAUAACAAUGAUAGGAUCAUCGUCAUAAAAUGGAGUGCGAUCUUUCAGUUUAGUAUUAAGGCAUACUCAAUGAAUGAGUAUGGUUGUAGUUGACAUAUAUAUAGCGAGUAAAUAGCUUUAAGUCUUAGGAAUUCAACAAUUUUUUUUUGGUAAUUACAAACAAUAAACGUUUGUUUGUCUCAGUCGGGAUCACGCCAGGAAGCGUAGCGCUACAAUUUUUCUUUUAUCUUUGCAUCCAUCUAAACGCUUCUGCGAGACACAAUGAAUGCAUUUUAUUCUCUCAGAAGAAAAUAUUGAAUUUUGUGGAAGACAUUGAAAUAUAUGCAUAAGACAUAUAGCAUUCGCUGAAGUAAACAUAAUUUUGUACAAUGCAUACCACUGGAUUUAUUUUAUGUUUUAUCACUUGGUUAAAACAUAUUUCUGCGUGAUAUUGCAGUCGAUUGCAAUAUAUUAUUUUAGGGUACUAACACGCUAGCAACAGAUAAUAUUUUGUCAUUACUAUCUUCAGCUGACUAAACUAGAUAGCAUUCAACAAACAAGCGACUCGUCUAUAGAAUUUAUUUUGUAAAUGACAUUUAAAGAUGGUAAAUAAAGUAAUUUAAUUCAAUUUUCAUGUCAAUCUACGUCGAUGUAGAAAUAUGUUUUUACAAACUUAA